AUGCCGACGUAUGUCGAGACCGAUGACCAUGUGCGUGUCUCUACAAGUGUCCGUAUAUGGCGCGCGCGGCUCUCCGGUGCCGAUAAGGGCGCGCGCCGGCCAACUGGUCACCCCGGGCGCGCGCGCCGGCCUAUACCGACCCCGGUGUCUGUGUGUCUCUACAAGUGUCUGUCUAUGGCGCGCGCCCUGCCUGCCGGUCUGCCCCCAAGGCCCCCGCCAACUGGUCACCGGCCCACCCUCACCAACCCCCAACUGGCCGCCGCCCUCCCCACCGCGCGCCCACCUGCGCGCCCCCCUCCCCUCCCUCCCUCCUCCCCUCGCUCGCGCGCACCCCUGCCGGUCCUCGCCGGGCCGGCCCCCGGUCCCUAUGACGGUGCGCGCGCGCGCGGCUCUCUGCUCGCUACGAGCGCGCGCGCCCCGGCCCAACUCCCCUCGACCUCGACUCCUCGACCCCCCGCGCGCGCGCCUCCGACGGCCCUUCCCUUACACAUACCCACCGACCUCGACCGGCCCCCCAUCGUGCGGCAAACGUUCCCGGGUCCGAAAGUCGUUCCGGGGGAGGCCCACUUUCGCUGGCAGACCGCGCGCCUCCACGCGGCCAUGUGCCCCGGCCAACUGGCCACCGCCCUUCGUCACCAGGCGGCGGCGCGCGCGGGCCCCUGCUGCCG